AAGUAGAAGGCACCGUAAUGAAGGACUUGGAUGAGGAUUACUUGUGUGGUGGAGGAAACAGUAUGCAAGCGGCUGCCAUAGGCAGGGAGGAUGUUGUACAGGACCAGGCUGAGGAGAAUGACUGCAUGAACGAUUGGAGCACUGCGCAUCUCCGGAUAAGGUCUCGAACAUACCCAGGAGCGAGGUGCUCACGUCGCAAUUGCCAAGAUCAUAUCAUCAAGACUCGGUCUCUGCAUGCCAUUGCUCAGCGUGGUGAUAACGCAUCCAAGAUUCUCGGCGUAUUGCGUCGAUCCCGGCUGCUUAUAAGGUGGGUGGCUCAGGAAGUAGCACAACAGUCCGAGCUCGACAGAGUACGUGACGGCAUACCCGAUUUUGAGCGUGAGACAGACUGGGAGGAAUUUGGGUGAGAAGUGCGAAGGGAGAGAGAACUGUGGGAGGAGGGAGACGGACCGAUAACUUUAUCACGGAGCAACGCGAGGACGCGCAGGAUGAGAAGCGCGUCUCCCAUGCCGGCCAGGACGAGCAACCAACUGCAGGGAAUCGAGACAUAUCAUAGUCGGCGCAACUACGAAACGCCUCUCAGAAAGCGGGCUAUAAAUUGGACCAUGCGACCUACAACUACAAUCAAAGUCAUCAAUUGCGUCCUCGAGCCAAACCGAUGCUUACCUGGGCAGAGUGCGGUCGAACCGAAACUGCCAUGCGGACUCGUCAACAUGUUGAGGACGAAGAACAAUGGGCCACAUACUAACGCAUGCGAGACUGUCCGGUGGAGGAAUGAGCAUGCAGCUCGUCUGUUCACAUCCAAACCUACAUGGCUGCCGCAAGUCCGAAAUAUCGAAGCCAGACAUACAAUAAUUUUGGUAUGGUCCAUUUCGUACUGGAGAAGCAUGGACGGUCAAACUUGAAACUGGAACAACGUGGCUUACAGCCAGAUAUAGGUUAUCUGGAGGAGAUUGAGAAAUCGAACACGACCGAGUUCAUUAACGUACUUCAUCAUUAAUAGUCAAAACA